AUGCCGCCCAAGUUCCACCCCAAAGAGAUCAAAGUCGUGUACCUGAGGUGCACUGGUGGCAAGAUCGGUGCCAGGUCUGCCCUGGCCCCCAAGAUAGGCCCCCUGGGUCUGUGUCCAAAAAAGGUUGCUGAUGACAUUGCUAAAGCAACUAGCAAUUGGAAGGGUCUAAGGAUUACAGUUAAACUGACCCUUCAGAAUAGACAGGCCCGGAUUUCGGUGGUACCUUCUGUGUCUGCCCUGAUCAUAAAAGCCCUCAAGGAGCCACCAAGAAACAGAAAGAAACAGAAAAAGAUUAAACACUGGGGAAAUAUCACUUUCAAUGAAAUUGUCAACAUUUCCCAGCAGAUGUGUCAUAGAUCUUUAGCUAGAGAACUUUCUGGAAACAUUAAGGUGGUUCUGGGGACUGCCCAGUCUGUGGGAUAUACUGUCUAA